UCAUAGAUAAGUGGAUUAUUUAUGGCGAAGACAAUAAUUAGCAAAAUGGGGAAACGAGUGAGAUUAGUAUUAAUCGAUCUUAGUGGCACUUUACAUAUAGAAGAUGAGCCCACUCCGGGAGCUGUGGACGCUCUGAAGAGAAUCAAUCUUAAGCAACAGGCAGCUUUACUCCCUCUUGACUCCACUAUAAGGGCUGAUCAUGAGAAACCUUACUCACAACAGAACAGUAUUUUCAUCAACGUCCAUGCCACACCAUCUCUAUACUGGCGGAUAGGAGCUUUACUGGCGCAUGACAAUAAGGUUGCAACAGAGCAGUUUAUCAUUGCGCUUCGUCACAAACACAACCAAGGAGUCGCGGGCACGUCUCCACGCCCGGCUCACGAAGAUCGGGUUCACAGUCCGGCCCGAGGAUAUCCUGUCCAGCCUGUGGGCGGCCAGAGAACUGGUGGAGCGGCGGGGACUGCGGCCGCUGCUGCUACUGGACGCGCAGGCCGAGGAGGACUUCACGGGGCUCGGUGCAUCUGGGGAGGACGAAGCGGACUCCGUUCUGGUCGGCCUGGCGCCAGACAAGUUCAAUUACAAGGAGCUCAACACAGCAUUCAGAGUGUUAAACAAAGGAGGGCCACUGAUUGCUAUCCACCAGGGACGCUACUACAAACGCAGUGACGGCUUAGCUCUGGGUCCUGGGCCUUUCGUGAAGGGCUUGGAGUAUGCAACGAACGUCAAACCCGAAGUAGUCGGAAAGCCGACCGAGCUGUUCUUCCGAACGGCACUGGGAGGAGUUUCUGCUGAUGAAGCGGUCAUGAUCGGUGACGAUGUCCGAGACGAUAUUGACGGUGCCCAGCAAGUCGGUAUUCGUGGCUACCUCGUGCAGACGGGAAAAUACCGCCCUGGAGACGAGACGACUAUAAACCCACCACCACAUUCUGUAGUGCCCAGUUUUGCAGAAGCUGUCGAGAAGAUUCUGGCUGAUGCUGCUGCUUCUUAGCCACCUGAGAAACUGAAGACACGUCUCAAAUGCGUAACCUAUAAUUGCGUCUCAGGUGCAUCACUAUUGACGCAGUUCAGUGGAUAUGAUGAUACCGUAAGUAGUGGAAGAUUGGUGUUAAGUGUGAUAUACCAGUGAUUUUUGCUACAAGAAAUAAAUGCAAAUGAGUGGAAGCACACGUGCUCUAUUUUACCUGACACUCAGUACUGAAUGUCUGGAUAAUGUUGUAUAUUCAUCCUGUAGCAGAACUGUUAUGUUGCCAAUGAAAACAUACUAUUUCUUAAAAGCAAUGUGUUAGUAAGAAAUAUACAGAUUAUAUUCUCUAAA